AUGGUGGCCGCAAAGAAGACAAACAUGAGGCUGGAGUCCAUCAGCUCUAGCCUCCAACUCGUUAUGAAAAGUGGAAAAUACGUGCUGGGCGACAAGCAGACGCUUAAGAUGAUCGGGCAAGUGAAAGCAAAACUGGUCAUCCUGGCCAACCAUUGCCCGGCCUGGAGGAAACCGGAAAUCGGGGACUACACCAUGUUGGCCAAAACCGGUGUCCAUCACUACAGCGGCCACAACAUCGAGUUGGGCACGGCGUGCAGCAAGUCCUACAGGGUGUGCACGCUGGUCUUCACCGACCCCGGGGAUUCUGAUAUCAUUAGAAGCAGGCCAGAACAGACUGGUGAAAAAUCAAUCCUGCAAUAUUUUUCUUUAAUAAAACUGGCCAGAGCUUGUUUAAAAAAAAAAAAGAAAGAAAUACCAAAACUUGCUUUUGGUUGUACAGAUGCUUAA